AUGAAGGGGGGUCUCAUAGACAGGAAAAGGUAUACGGCAAUCAUUCAAGGGCAAGCAGUGAGGAGGACCUUGAAUAGAAAGAGGAUGUCAAUUUGGGUUGAGUAUGAAGGGGAGUGUCGGAGACAGGAAAAGGUGUAUGACAAUAGUUCAAGUGUGAGCAGUGAUGAGGACCGUGAACACAAAGAGGCUGUCAAUGUGGGUUGA